AACAAAGCCGGAGAGACCGUGCUGGAGUACACACAGGAGCACACACACACCGCCGCACACGUGCACACUCGCCGCAGCUCUUGAGAUGCCUCGACGGGUGCCUGCCAGCUACUUCUGUGGCCAACUGAAGGCGCACUGCCGCAGCUGAGGAUGGCGGGGGAUUCUCGAGUCCACAUGGACCACGACAUGGAGAUAGGAGUGACACCCAACGAGGUGAAGAAGCUUCCCAAGCACCUGCGGGAGGCGCAGAUCCCCACCGACCGCACACACCUGAUCGCCGACCCGGCCAGGAGGCUGCGGCAGCGCUACGUGCAGAAGGACGGCAAGUGCAACGUGCACCACGGCAACGUGAAGGAGACCUACCGCUACCUGAGCGACCUGUUCACCACGCUGGUGGACCUGCGCUGGCGCCUGAGCUUCUUCAUCUUCACGCUGGUCUACGUGGUCAACUGGCUGUUCUUCGGCUUCCUGUGGUGGCUGAUCGCGCUGGUGCGCGGCGACCUGCUGCACUCGGACGAGGAGGGCUGGACCCCCUGCGUGGAGAACCUCAACAGCUUCGUCUCGGCGUUCCUCUUCUCCAUCGAGACGGAGACCACCAUCGGCUACGGCUUCCGCGUCAUCACCGAGAAGUGCCCCGAGGGCAUCGUCCUGCUCUGCGUGCAGGCCAUCCUGGGCUCCAUCGUCAACGCCAUGAUGGUGGGCUGCAUGUUUGUCAAGAUCUCGCAGCCCAAGAACCGCGCAGAGACGCUCAUGUUCUCGCACAAGGCCGUCAUCUCCGUGCGCGACAACAAGCUGUGCCUGAUGUUCCGCGUGGGCGAUCUCCGCAACUCGCACAUCGUGGAGGCGUCGAUCCGCGCCAAGCUCAUCCGCUCGCAGCAGACCAAGGAGGGCGAGUUCAUCCCCCUCAACCAGACCGAUAUCAACAUCGGCUUUGACACGGGCGACGACCGUCUCUUCCUGGUGUCGCCGCUCAUCAUCUCGCAUGAGAUCAACGAGAAGAGCCCCUUUUGGGAGAUGUCGAGGGCACAAAUCGAGAAAGAGGAGUUUGAGAUCGUGGUCAUUCUGGAGGGUAUGGUGGAGGCCACAGGGAUGACCUGCCAGGCGCGCAGCUCCUACCUGGACACGGAGGUGCUGUGGGGCUACCGCUUCACGCCGGUGCUGUCGCUGGAGAAGGGCUUCUACGAGGUGGACUACAACAACUUCCACGACAUCUACGAGACCAGCACGCCCUCGUGCAGCGCCCGGGAGCUGGCCGCGCGCCUCCGGGACAGCCAGCUGUUCCCCCAGCUCUCGCUCCUCUCGCCCGACGCCCGGCCGCCGCAGAACCCCGCCUCGCUCCGAGACCCGCUCGUCGCCACCGAGGAGGAGGAGACGCCGACGACGCCGACGACGACGCCACCGUCGCCGACGGAAACGGAGGAGAAGGGCGAGGUGGAGGAGCGAGGGAGCGAGACCAACAACGGCACGGCCACCACCAUGGAGGAGACGGCCUGAGAGCGUCCAGGCCCCCCAAAGUCCAGACAGACUCAGAGACCUUGUGCUACUCGUAGACCGUACGGCAAAAGCUUUGUUCCAUCCCAUUAUGUGGAGAUGAUCCCGCAAUAUUCAUGCAAUACCCGUCUCUAGAAUGACUACCUAAUGUAUAUGGAAAGCUACAUUGCAUUUUAAAUUACAUAAACACACACGCGCACACAC